CCCUCAGCUUUACCGGGGCAGGUCCUGAGAGGGUGGGGGCGCAGCCUGGGGGGUACGCAGCCCGCAGGGCCCCGGGGCACCCUGCAUGGCUCUGCUGGGCACGGCGGCCCCAGAGACUGACUGCUCGGGUGUUUUCUCAGCACAUGGGAACAGAUGGCUCCAACUCCCACCCACGGAAGCCAAACAUUUCCCUGGUUACCCUGCUAAUUUGCUCACAAGGCUCCUCUUGUAAAUAGAGAGUACAAAGGCUCGUUCCUGCCGCGUGUCUGACGAGCAAAUUCCGACUCCACAGGGGAGAGGCCUCAGAGGGAGCACAGCGAAGUCCCAGGUAAGCCCCAGCGCAGCCGCCAUGGGCUCGGUGGGCAGCCAGCGCCCCCGGGAGGCCAGCGUGGCGAGCACGCCGCACGGGAGCGUGGUGAUGAGCUUCAGCUUUGACGGCGGCCACCUGGAGGAGGCGGUGGCCGGGGCCACGCAGGCCCAGGGCGGUAGGACCAGGGGCAUCCCGAUUUUCACGGACUCUGAGGAGCCGGUGCCUGACGACCGCUACCACGCCAUCUACUUCGCGAUGCUGCUGGCCGGCGUGGGCUUCCUACUACCCUACAACAGCUUCAUCACCGACGUGGACUACCUGCACCACAAGUACCCAGGAACCUCGAUUGUGUUUGACAUGAGCCUCACCUACAUCCUCGUGGCGCUGGUGGCCGUGCUCCUGAACAACGCGCUGGUGGAGAGACUGAGCCUGCACACGAGGAUCACCGCGGGUUACCUCUUAGCGCUGGGCCCCCUCCUCUUUAUCAGCAUCUGCGACGUUUGGCUGCAGCUUUUCUCCAGGGACCAGGCUUACGCCAUCAACCUGGCCGCUGUGGGCACCGUGGCCUUCGGCUGCACAGUGCAGCAAUCCAGCUUCUACGGGUACACAGGGAUGCUGCCCAAGAGGUACACGCAGGGGGUGAUGACAGGAGAGAGCACGGCGGGAGUGAUGGUCUCUCUGAGCCGCAUCCUCACCAAGCUGCUGCUGCCCGACGAGAGGGCCGGCACGCUCAUCUUCUUCCUGGUCUCCGCGGGCCUGGAGCUGCUCUGCUUCCUGCUGCACCUGCUGGUGCGGGGCAGCCGCUUCGUGCUCUACCACACGGCGCGGCCCCGCCACUGCCGCCCGAGCCGCAGGGCCGGCUACCGCGUGCACCACGACGUGGCCGCCGGGGACGUGCACUUUGAGCACCAGGGCCCAGCGCUGGCCAACGGCGGGUCCCCGAAGGACAGCCCGGCCCACGAGGUGACGGGCGGGGGCGCCUACACGCGCUUCGACGUGCCUCGGCCAAGGAUCAGGCGCAGCUGGCCCUCCUUCCGAGCCCUGCUCCUGCACCGCUACGUGGUGGCCCGCGUCAUCUGGGCGGACAUGCUCUCCAUCGCCGUGACCUACUUUAUCACGCUGUGCCUGUUCCCGGGUCUCGAGUCCGAGAUCCGCCACUGCAUCUUGGGCGAGUGGCUGCCCAUCCUCCUGAUGGCCGUGUUCAACCUCUCCGACUUCGUGGGCAAGAUCCUGGCGGCGCUGCCCAUGGACUGGCGGGGCACCCACCUGCUGGCCUGCUCCUGCCUCCGCGUGGUCUUCAUCCCCCUCUUCAUCCUGUGCGUCUACCCCAGUGGCACACCUGCCCUCCGCCACCCGGCCUGGCCCUGCGUCCUCUCCCUCCUCAUGGGCAUCAGCAAUGGCUACUUCGGCAGCGUGCCCAUGAUCCUGGCGGCGGGCAAAGUGGGCCCCAAGCAGCGGGAGCUGGCAGGGAACACCAUGACCGUGUCCUACAUGACGGGGCUGACGCUGGGCUCGGCCGUGGCCUACUGCACCUACAGCCUCACGCGGGACGCCCACCGGAGCUGCCUGCGCCCCUCGGCCACCAACGCCUCUUUCCCCGUUGGCCUCUGAGCCCCGCCCAGGGAGGGCCGCCGGGCCUGCUCCCCACUCCUGCCUGCAGUGCCUGGGGGCGCACGGAUGGUCCGCGCCAUUUCCCGCCUGCCCCCGCCCCCCACCCGUGUCCAGCGGCCCACUCUGUGGGGUUACUCACAGCCAUCACCCCCCUGCCUCAGGAGAGCAGACCACCAGCCCGCGUCCCCUGCUGGGUCCGCUCUGAGGGCCCCACGGCCCUGGCCCCACCGUCGGCGGCACCUCCUCCACUGGGGACCCCGCUCCCACAGGCCUGCCCCCACACCCUGUCCUCAAACCCUGGGUCCCCAGCAAAUGCCUUUGCUACAAGGGAGCUGCAACCUGGGUGUGCCCACGCCGCGCCAGCACCCCCACGCACCUUGGUACCCACCUGACGCCACAGGCCUGGGGGUCUGUCUGCCCAGGGAGCCUGGUCGACCUCCCCGUUUCCUCCAGCCGCCUGUGAUACCGGAGGGCACAGUUUGAGGGCCAUGAGCAGGGUCCACAGCCUGGCUGGAGUCACACCCCCGACCUAGGCCUUGAGCCCUGUCCAGGGAGGGACAGACGUGCCCAGGGGUCCCUGGCAAGUAGAAGAGGGUGGGGGGCGGUCCCUCCAGAGCUCCAGGCUGGCUCAGCACCCUGAGCUGGGGGGAUUCCUGGAGCAUCCUGCCAGCCGCGGGCUUCUCCAGGGGCAGGACAGGCGCCCUCCCACCCCCUCUGGUCCCGUCCACGCGUCUGUCCACUGACUGUACCGCACUGGCCAUUAAAGAUGAAGGCAGAGC